CUUUUCUCUCUCUCUCCAUCAUUUGUUUUUCUCUCUAUCUAAAACUCACUUUUUGGUUUUAUUAACCCUCUUUGCUUUUCUGCCAUUGGUCCAUCUCACCCUUGUUCUUUUAUGCUUUUACUCAGUACUGUACCUUUGGUCACCGCUGACCAUUCUUUAACUUGGAUUUUUUUUUGGUUCUUUCUCUAAUUCAUAACACUCUUUAGGCUGAACAGAGAGGAGAUUAUGAUUGUUUUACCUGAGAUCUAGUGGGAACGGUGGAUCUAGAAAUGGGACUAGAGAUGGAGUCCGAUUCUGACAAAAACAGUACAGGUCUGAGUCCUAACACUGUUCUUCCAUCUCCUCGGCAAUGUUUAAACCUUGAAAAGAGAAAUGCAAGAGCUAAACCUACGCGUAGAGAUGGUAUAUUGAGAGUAAAAGAGGGUUUCACAGAGAUUAGCUUUCGUCGCUACCGCAGUGCCUCUUGUAAAAGCACUCAAUCCAGACCUUUUGGACUGGAAGAUAGCAUAGAGCUGAAGCGAGGUUCAAUAUAUCAAUGCUCCAAAAAGGUAAGGAAGAUGAAGAAAAUGGGAGCUAUUGAGGAAAGGAAAAAAAUUGAAUUGUCCUGUAGUAGUGACACCUCAUUUUCCUUUAGGGUUGUUGACUCGUUAUGUAGUUCAGAUGAGGAAGAGGAAAGCACACAGAAGAGAAACUCAGUGAUGUCGAUAAGCUCAAAAUCGAAUGCUUCAUCUGUUUACAAGCCUUGUUUAGAACCAUGCCCCUCAGAUGCAUUCAUUGAAUUCUGUCUGAAUUCAGAUGGCAGAGAAAAACAUUCUGCUGAAACCAGACGGAGAGAUACAUUUAAGGAUCUGAAUUUCAGAUGUGAUGAAGUAGCUGGUCCUGUAAAUGACGGUAACACGCUUGAAAGAGACAAAGUUUUGACAUUUCAAAAGUCACAUUCUGCUAAAGUGGAGAUGCACUGCUCACCUUCUCAAUCAGAAAGUAAUCACUCGUCCAGAGCCAGCUCCAAGACUCGUUUUAGCCCUAUCAGAAAGAUUUUUGAUCCAUUCAUGAAGUCCAAGUCUCUACGAAGUCCUUUGGGUUAUAUGGUGCAACCUGAUGAAGUUGUUAAAACUGGGAUGGAAAAAAUGAGAAGGGAAGGGACAUUGCGAAAGUCUUUAUUGCAUGACUUUUCUCAUACAGUUCAGAAUUCAGAAUUUGAUUCUCAGUUUGUCAAGAAAGAUCAGCAUCAUUCAGUUGUGGCAAAUUCACCAGUACACUUACACGGCCUUCUGAAGUUGGAAAGUAAACAAGGAGUACCUUUUCUUGAAUUCUCUUUGAAUUGCCCUGAAGAUGUUAUUGUGGCCAGGGCAUGGAAGGAAGAUAAUGCUUUUAAUUGGGUAUAUACGUUUCACUCCAUUGAUGGUAGAAAAAAGAGCAAUGCCAGUGGAUGGGGAUCAAGUGAUAUCAACAAAGAGUGCUCAAUGGUAGGACAAAUGCAGGUUUCCUGUUAUUUAUGCUCAGAACUAAAAAAUGGUGGGGCUUUUGAUGACUCUAUGGUGACAGAGUUUGUAUUGUAUGAUAUAGCGCAUGCAAAACAAAGUGUCAUCUCUAAAGAAUGCCAGAAGUGUUCCUCUGAAGCUACAUCUCCUAAGGUUUCUAAACCGGGCUUAAUUGAGGGAAAUCAUGAAUUAGUUAAUGACUCUGAUUUGGGGAGGUCUAAAGAUCAACCAAAAUAUGCUUCUAAUAAAUCAAAUCCAUGUCCAUGGGCAUCUGGGGAUUUGAGUCCAAGCCUUGAAAUUGCAGCGGUUGUUAUUCAAGUGCCAUUUGAGAAAAGAGAAAGCUUGAAAUACAGGAGAGGGCAUAAAACCAGCGAUAAAAUGCAUUCAAAUCUUCUCAAUUUUUCUGCAUUUGAGCAUACUCGAAAAGAUUAUGUUGAAAGCAAAAUUUCUGAAAACGUGAAUGUGAUCAUUCCCAGUGGUAACCAUGGUUUGCCUGGUGCUGAAAGCCGAGGACCUUCUCCAUUACUGGAUCGAUGGAGGUUGGGAGGAGGCUGUGACUGUGGUGGCUGGGACAUGGCUUGCCCCCUUACUGUUUUUAGCAAUCCCAAAAUUCAAUAUGCUGAAGAUAAACUACUACUGGACAAUCAACAGCCUUUGGAACUUUUUGUUCAGGGAGCAAAAGAGAAUACACCAGCAUUGUCCAUGAUAGUUCUAGAAGAGGGGUGGUAUGCAGUUGAUUUCCAUGCUCAGUUAUCCACUUUACAAGCAUUUUCUAUAUGCGUUGCAAUAUUACAUGGUACGGAAACCCCCUUCGCUGCUGGGCAGGAGAAAAGCAUGCCGUUGCCUCAUUGUAAUUCACUAAAAAUGCUCAUUGAGGAGGAAGUGAAAUUCUUGAUUGAUGCCGUCACUGAAGACGAGAAGAACAAAGUCACAAAAAGGAUGGAAGAGAUGCCGCCAUCCUAUGUGAUUAACCCUCCCUUCUCUCCAAUGUCUAGAGUAUAGACUCUAUAGACAGAACCGGCACAAUUGGUGAAAAGCCAAGUGGCUUCUCUGGAGAACACCCAUAUCAGAAUUGGGAAGAAAAUGGAGGAAGAGGGCAUAGUAGUAGAAACACUACAAAAGGAUGUCUGUUCCUACCAUAUACAUGGAGGGUAGCAAACACUACAAAAGGAUGUCUGUUCCUACCAUAUCCAUGGACGGUAGCAAACACUACAAAAGGAUGUCAGUUCCUACCAUAUCCAUCCAUGGACGAUAGCAAACACUACAAAAGGAUGUCAGUUCCUACCAUAUCCAUGGACAAUAGCAAAAUUGUCGGCAUCGAAAUUCUUGUGGCAUAGACCCAACAGUUAGCUCAGUAAAGCUAAAGGGAUGGUGUGACAACUUUCCAUAUGGAGUUGGAGGCAAAACUGGGCAAUGCAUGCCACAAAUUGAGGGGUUUUACAUAAAAAUUAGAAGUAGAACAAAAACACUAUACUGUCCAUAUUGUAACUUGAUAGGGGAAGUGGGGGAGUACUUUUUGAUGAUAGCAGUCAAUUUUCUUUUACUUCUGUGUAUUAUAUAUAUAUAUUUAGAAUAUUUGGUGGUAAAGAGGAAGAAGCUCCUAGGACAUUGAAAGAUGUUACUGAUUUUGGAGCCAUGGAAGUUCAAAAAAUUUGUAGCAAAAACCUUAUUAUUUAUCACUAAAAUAAUGAAAACACAACUGUGGUCAGCUGUACUCUCUGUUG